GGGUGUUGCUUGGCGUUAACGGUCCGUGGUGGCUCUGCUGCGGCUUCUGUCCGGCUGUGAUCUGCACUGGCCGUGGGAGUCACAGGAAGGACUCAGGGGACCCGGGAGACCUAGAAAUGGAUUCAAUGGCCUUUGAGGAUGUGGCUGUGAACUUCACCCCAGAGGAGUGGGCUUUACUGGAUCCUUCACAGAAGAAACUCUACAGAGAUGUGAUGCGAGAAACCUUCAGGAAUCUGGCCUCUGUAGGAAAAAAAUGGGAAGAUCAUGACAUUGAGGAUUCAGACAAAAAUCAGGAGAGAAAACUAAGAAGUUAUACAGUAGAGAGAAUCUGUGAAGGUAAAGACAGUAGUCAAUGUGGAGAAAAUUUCAGCCUUAUUCCAAAUCUUAAUCUGAUCAAGAAAACUCUUACUGGAGUAAAACCAUGUGAAUGCAGUGUGUGUGGAAAAAUCUUCAUGAGUCAUUCAUCCCUUAGUAGGCACAUCAGAUGUCACACUGGAUACAAACCAUAUGAGUAUCAAAAAUAUGGAGAGAAACCAUAUAAAUGUAAGGAAUGUGGGAAGGCCUUCAGUUAUUUCCAAUAUUUUAAAAAACAUGAAAGAAAUCACAAUAGAGAGAAAACCUACAAAUGUAUGGAAUGUAGGAAAGUCUUUAUGUGGCUCACAACCCUUCGAAGACACAUGAUAACAGCACACACUGGAGAGUCUCCUUAUACAUGUAAGGAAUGUGGGAAAGCCUUCAUUUGUUCAAGUUCACUUCAAAUACAUGAAAGAAUUCACACUGGAGAGAAACCCUAUCAAUGUCAACAAUGUGGAAAAGCCUAUAGAUAUCAUCAAACUUUUCAAAUGCAUGAAAGGACUCACACAGGAGAGAAACCCUAUGAAUGUAAAAAAUGUAGUAAAGCCUUCACUUAUCCCAGUUCUCUUCGAAACCAUGAAAGAACUCAUACUCGGGACAAACCUUAUGAAUGUGGGAAACCCUUUAUAGCUCUCUCAAAUCUUCAAGUACACAUGAUCACUCACAUUGGAGAUGGACCUUAUAAAUGUAAGGAGUGUGAGAAAACAUUCAUUUCUCCCAGUGCAUUUCAGUUACAUGCAAGGAGUCACACAGGAGAGAAACCCUAUGAAUGUAAGCAAUGUGGUAAAGCCUUCAGAUAUUACCCUUCCUUCCAAAAACAUGAAAGAAGUCAUACUGGAGAGAAACCUUAUGAAUGUAAGGAAUGUGGGAAAGCCUUUAUUUGUCACAGAAACUUUCGAAGACACAUGAGAAUGCACACUGGAGAGACACCAUAUAAAUGUGAAAAAUGUGGGAAAGCCUUCAAUCAGCGCAGUUAUUUCCGAAGGCAUGAAAAAAUUCACUGGAUAAAGCCUCUUGAAUGUAAACAGGGUGGGAAAGACUUCAGUUGACCCACAUCUUUACCUGUGAAAACUCCCUUGGAAAAGAAAUAAAAAUAUAAGUAACAUGAGAAAGCUUGAUGGAAGUUAAUCUAUGUGUAAUGUUCCAGAAAACUUUCAACAUGAAAGACUUCUUAUAAAAAUAAAUAAAUAAGUUGUGUUUACCAAGACUCUUAAAGUGCACCAUUGUACUGUGGAUUUCUACUAAUUACUUUCAGAAAUGAAUAUUGAGGGGAGAUAAUUCUGUAAAUUGUCUUUCAACAAUAGUACAAAAGAUUAAUAAGCAGUGCUUUUUCCUUAAAUUGGGGAAUAUUUUCUCUUUCCUUUUUGAAGCCUAUUGGAUCCAUGGGUGAAUUGAAGUGUAUUUCUAACACAAUUAAAUUUAAUAUUUUUAUAAUGUUUUAUUUGUUCUCUGUUAAGGAGCCAUUGAAAAAUGAGAGUUGGUAUUUGUUGGGAUUUUCCUACUGGCCUGUGACAGUUCGUGGAUAUCCCUAAUCCGUUAUAAUCUUUCUACCUUUCUUACUGAGAAAGCUCAUUUUUUGGGGUGAAGGAUAUAAAAGUGUUUUUUCAUUUUCUGUACUAAUAAAGAGUUGGAAUAAAUUUAUACAUAUGGCAAGUUUAUGAAAGAGUAUAGUUUCAUGUGAAUUAUUAUUUUCAUAUUUGGGCCUUUGCUUUUUGUCUUUCCUUCUGACUGGUAUUGGGUGAAUAGACUUUGAGUUAAGAGAGACCUAAUAGGGCAACAAAAUCUAGAGCUGGAGAUAUUCCCCCUGUGGGUCAUGUUAGGGACUAGAUUUUCCAGAAUCCUUCCCCUUUAUGGUUCCAUGUUAGAAUUCACUGGUAUGCUCACUUACAUGUGAUUUGGAAGGCAGAAGCAAAGAAGGCAUUAAUCAGAUUUUGGAGAGAGAGAUACAUAGGAGCUUUGAGGACACUAUCUUCCAGCACAUUAUCCUGAUGCUGUCGCUUUCCAAUCAAGACUAUCCUCAAAACCACCAACAGCUAUUUGAUAUCCACUUUCUGAGAGGUGUAAAUUUCCACUGAUGUCUUCACAAAAUCCACAUCAAAGAUCCAUCAGAGGUUGGAUACGGUCAUGCACUGCAUAAUGACAUUUUGGUCAAUGACGGACUGCAUAUAUGAUGGUGGUCCCGUGAGAUUAGUACCAUAUAGCCUGAGUGUGUUGUAGGCUGUACUGUCUAGGUUUGUGUAAGUACACUCUGUGAUGUUUGCACAAUGAUGAAAUCACCUAACAUUUCUCAGAACGUAUCCCUGUCAUUCAGUGGGGUAUGAUACACAUGACUGUAUUUUUAUAAGCCCUCUUGUGUCCCCCUGGAAACUAAUUCAGACUUUCAUGCUUGGGAGUAUUCUCUGAUUCCCUCUUGUCUAGAUAAUAUCCAUAUAAGGUCUAAUUUAUAUAGGAAGCACCUUAUGCCGUUAAUAAUGCUAGUGAGCAUGUUUUCCUGAUUCACCAUGACAUCUACAAUGAGGCAUAAAAAGAAGGAUGUGGGAGUUUGUUUCUCUGCUGCAUUGUGCAGUGGCUGCCUUGACCCAGUGCUUGCACGUGAGAACAGUCCCCUUUCUCAUGUCAGGAAGACUGUGUGGGUUUCCUGUUACUUGUAGCUGAACGUAUUCCCUCAAUAGGUUUUCCAUGAUGUUUGAUUGUAUGUUAUUAAAACUACAUGCAUUUCCUUGUGAAAUGAACACUUCUGUAGUUUCAUAGAAAUAAUUUAUUAACUGUUUUCUAAGCUGUCGUAUGCUUAA